CAAAAACGUGUAGUGGUACGUACUGAAAACUGAAGAGGCAGUUGUUUCCGCAUCCGGCUCUGACGUCACUGGCAUCAAAUCUCCUCCUACGUUAGAAAAUGGAGGUUUCUGUAUGAUGGGUCCUCUCGGUAUUUCUCUAUGCAAGGCGUGAUCAGAGUGCAUUUUUUUCUGUGAUAUUGGCUCCUUUUAUAAUAAGGACGUCAGUGAUCUUAGUUACCAGCUAACUAAUUAUACUUCCACCAAAAUGGGCGUUCAAGAUCUUCAGACUUUCCUUGAAAGCUCAAGUGUGCCUGGUGGCACAGUCAAUGUGGAGUUACUCAAAGUGGCUCGAAGUGUCGUAUCAAAACAAAAUGGACGAAAUAAGAAGCAAAAAGAAUCUUUGCUAGGGGGACCACAAAUGUUCAGCUUAGUAGUUGAUGCUGAGUGUUGCAUUGAUAGGCUCUAUGGAGGUUUUUUCUCAGAUUGGGUUAGUGGUGGUGAAUGGAAAAGGAUGGUCCAAUUUUUGUCAGUUCUGAUUGAAACUGUCCAAACCGGAAAAAUUGAUCUGGUGUUUUUCUUUAAUGGAAGUCUUGAAUCUGAACGAAUGCAAGAAUGGGUUGCGACACAGCUUAAAGCUCGACAGAAUAUCAACUUGGUUUUAAAGCAUAUAAAUUCUAAGGGCACUCCCCCACCUAAAGUAUGGUGGGUGCCUCCUACAGGUUUAAGAACAGCUUUACGUAUGGCUAUGCGUCAUCAUGGUCUCACAACAGUCACAUCAAUGGAUGAUCAUCGACAAGAAACUAUAGCUUACCUCCGAGAAAAUUCACUUCAUGGCUUGGUAGCUGAUGAUGCCGAGUAUGCUGUCUUCGACCCACCACGCUACUUCUCAGCAUCUAACCUUAAAUUGACUUACAAGGGAAUGGUGGAAACACGCGAGUAUCAGCUGAGUCAGUUAGCCAAAAGUCUGGAUUUGCCUAGGGAGCGUUUUUGUCUAUUAGCAGCUCUUCUUGGUAACUACAUGCUUACUGAACAAGAUUUGUCUGAAUUUUACACACGACUGGGACUUGAUUCUAACAGUCUGAAGCCUGAUGCCCUGGUGAAAGCAGUUGCAUUAUUUGUGAAAACUUUGGACUCCAGUGACAAUCUUGAUUUUGUGGCUACCCAAGUUUUUGGCACUGCUGGUGAUAAACGAAGUGCCAAGUUAAAGCAAUGUGUUCAGUAUUAUAUGAAUGGUACAAAAGAGGGCUUUUUAAAUUACCGUCCUCCAUCAGCACAUAAUGCUGAUCCUAAUAAGUCCAAAAAGAUGGAGCCAGUACCAAAUGAAAAGGUGAAUGGUGUUAAUGAGAAUGGUGAAAACAGUGAUUUGGACACGUCCAAAUUUGCCUCAGAAACUCAGGAAAGUGAACAGGAAAGUUUGGCUGCCUAUAAUGAAGCCACAGCUGCCUUGAAUCUUUCUCAAGAAAUUGAUUCAGAAACGCCAUCUUCUCCUGCCACCAAAGAAAAUGGUAUUCAUGAAGAACAGAAAGAAGAGAAGGAAACUCUGGAGAAUGGGACAGUCAAUGGCACCAGUCAGCAUCUGCCGUCAGAUGUCACUCCUUCAGCAUGCUCAGGAACAAUUACUGACAAGGAACCUUAUUCUCAAGAUCUCAAACCAUUGCCCCCUGUACCUCCAGAAGUGAUGCGUACUGCUAGUGAGAGGCAUCAAAAAGGUCUCAUGUCUCCAUACAUUUGUCAGAUUCUUUCUCAUGGUGAAAUCAUGCUACCUAUGCUCAUGGAGGAUGAAACACACAAAGAUCUUCCCAGUAUUCAUUCAUUCUAUCGACCAGUGAGACAAAUGGUGUAUGCUAUUCUCUUCAAUCUUCACCAUCAUAAAUACCUUGCUAACAAAUCAAAGAAGGAGAAAGACUGUACAGAGAAGACUGAAGUUCCAGAUUUGGUAAUCAAAGAGUGGCUAUGGUCGAAAAGCAAUCAGUACCAAUCACCAGACUUGGUUCGAGCUGAAGAAAUUGGUUGGGCUGUUCCCACAAUCCAGCGACUUUGGUUUGGAUCAACUAUUGAUGACAAACGCCGUCGCUUAAGGGCAUUUUUGACCUGUAUGAGGUCAGACAAUCCUCUCAUCCUCAAUACCUCUUAUGUGCCCCAGCACCUUCUAGUCCUUGCUUGUGUUCUUAGGUACAUAAUGUCCUCACCCGAGAAAAUACUUCGUAAACAUGAGUUGGACGCUAUCAUCACUCAAGCUGUUUCUCCAGAACUCAUGGACAUUCAGUACCUCCAAGAAUUGCAGCUGCCUAUGGUUACUAGCCGAGGAGUUCAGUUGGCUACUCUGCUAUUAGCUGGUGUUGAAACUGCUCUCCUGGUUAAUGAUGCCUGUGGUGCUCCAGUACCUUGGCUCAUGUGCUGUCCUUGGUUAUACAUUGAUGGAAAACUUCUGCAACAUACUCUUGCUCAUGCUAGUGCCUGCAAGAAUUUGCGGGAACUGUGUGGUCACCGUCUUGAUCAGGCUGUGAAAGUAGAGCGUUUGCGUCAAGCUGUCCUUGAAGGUCUUGAUGUACAGUUUGCCAGAAACUUGAUUCCCCCCCUAUCAAGUGCAGCAGGGCCAAUCCGAAUGAUGACAUCAGGAAUGAUACCUGGUGCUAGUGGACCAGUUGGACGAGGUGCUGGGCGGGGCGGCAUUUUGAGGAGACCCGUACCCCCUGGUGGUGGUCAGCUUGAGGUGGCUGGGUUAGUUGUGAGCAGUUGGGGAGCCAAUUAUGGGUCCCGUUCAGCUCAUCCAGUUCCACCAUUGGGAUCAUAUCAUCCUGGUCUCAGACCUAUGCCUCAGAUGAUGCCCAAUAUGAGGACUUAUAGGAUGCCAAUGAAUGACUUUAAUGGUAUGGCUGGGCCUCGGAGCCAUCAAAGACCUUUGUUUCAGACAAGAGGGACUGGAUCCAAAGUAAUAGGUCGUGGUAAAAAAGGCCAGGUCAUCAAAAAGAAAAGUACUGUGCCACCAAGUGGCACAAAGCGUAUUCUCAACAAUGAAAAGAGAACUGUUAAGGGUCGAGGGAUGACAGUGGAGGUAGAGGAUGCUUCUGGGAUAACUGCCAUUCCUGCUGCUGAUCUAAUUGAGAAGUCAGUGGCGGCUAUUUCUGACCAAUUUGAAGAUUUAUCAGUCAAUGGAGAGAAGAAAGACUGCAAUGAUGAAGUACAUCAAGAACAGGGUGAUGACGCUGUUGUUGUGAAUUAGUGAGAUGUCUUCUUGCACGGACCAUAAACCACCUAUUUGUGAUAUUACUGAUGAUGACUGAAGUGGUGCACUGCCAUGUGAUUGAUUGGUUACUGUGAGUUUUGUUGAUUGCCUGCAAACCAAUUGCACAGUUGACUCUUAAGCAAUUUUAACAUGCUCUUAUCUCCAGUCAAUGGGGUGAUCAUAUGCACCAAAGUGACUUUUAUCUUAAUGUUGUGACCAGGAUGUGAUGUUUUCCUUGUUUUUUUUGUUUGUUUUUUUUAUGUAUCAUGGAAAAACUCACAGUUUUUUAAUUGUCGAUCAUGAUUUGUGCCUUACUAAAAUUGUCGAUCAAAUGUCAUAUUGAUUAUUCCUCGAAUGUACGGUGAGAAGUAUAUUUUUCUAUGUUUGUUAUAUUGUUACAUAAAAAUUAAGAAUGUUUUGAUGUGUGACACUUGGAAUGGCUCAUUAUAUCAGGUCAGUCAUGGGAUUGUUAAUGAAUUGAAGUUGUUGAGAUGGCUUGUUGAACUUACGUUUACUCCUGACACUGCUUCUAGCACUGAGAAGAACUGGUUUCUUGUUGAACUUCUUCUCAGAGAUUUUUCUCUUCAGAUCUACUCAUACAUAUUCUACCAAUUCAAGAUUCUAUUGGUCAUAUGUGCUUUGACUUUCCUUUUGUGAUCUAAAUUCGAACUUUGAUACUAUUAGAGCCUUGACCUCCUAUCCUCUGUUAAAAUCAUGAAGCGUUUUGAGAUGAUUUCAUGCUUCAUCCAAUACAUUGAAUGUAUUAUGAAACUUGCUCAUAAGCUUUAUUUAAAGCUCUGUGCUCCAAGAAUUCUGCAAUUUAUACUUUUUGAAAGUGUGAUUCAGAAAUUGUUGCUGUUGGAUUACCAGCUUUGUCAGAAUGAUUUCAAGUAACAUUUUGAAAAUUGUCAUUCUGCAACAUUGCAUGUAGUUUCAUGAACCCAUUUUCUACUACACUGUGGUUGAUAGCCUAUGCUAAAAGUGCAAGAACACUGAAAGAAACGCCAAAUACUUUUGUGUGUAUACCUUGAGGGGCCCACAUAUAUUUUCUACUCUUCAAUCUUGUAAGAGGAAAACAUACUCUUAUCAUUCAUUUAUUUGCUCUGCUUAGAUUUUAAGGAAUAUGAUGAUGCUUGAGGCAUCAAUUAAAACAAAAUGCGUGCUUCCGGAAAAUAAUCUUCCUGUUCUUUUUUUUUCCUUCAUAUUUUUUAUGUUUUAUAGAAUUUUAACUAAUGACAAUUGUCAAGUUAACUGUGUUGCUGCACACCCAAGCCUUGUUAGUACCACUAUUACUUGGGUUUUGGUUUAUUCUGCUGAAGUUGCACAUGGUGUAACUAGGGUGCAAUGGAACUUAGAUUGAGAAUGUUUCUCUAGCAUAUAUAUAACUUUGACAGUGGACAAAUAUUUUUGGGUUAGUUUGGUUUGUGUUUAUUCCCCUCAAUGUUGACAGUUGAAAUAAAUUAAUAUAGCUGAAAGGUAUGGGAGCUUUGAAGGGCUCUAAGUAGUAUUUAGUUGACCUUUUUAUAUAAAUAUAUAUCUAUACAUAUAUAUUUUUUCAGUGUUUGAAUUAAUGUUAAUUCUUGGUAAUGAGUGUGAAGUGUGGGCCCCUACACCCCCAUUCAAAUGUCUCAAGGGAAAACUAGCAUCUAACUUCUCUAUUUUUCUCUCUAUAAUUUUUUUCUUAUUUUGUGUUAUACUUGUAAGUUAUGUAACAUAGCACUUGUACCCAAGACAUACUGUCAAUAGAUACUAUCUCAGAAAGUAUGUACUAACCAAAUGAAGCUUUUAUUGCAAUGAAUUUGUUAAUUUUCAUUUCACUCGUUUGGAAGAAUAAGCUCUACAGGACUUAUAAUCAAAGCUAUGGAGGUCCUCUAUUAAUCUACUGUAGAGAGUUACUGAACUCUGUUUUUGAUAAUGUAAUCCUAUUAUGCUCUGGAAGGUUUGUCUUGUGCAUUUUACAGGUCUGCUUUAUGCUUGCUCUGCUAUACAGCUCUGUCAAUAAUAAUCAAUAUUUGUGUUAUCUUCAUUAUCAAAAACUACUGAAAAUACAAUAUGUAGGAGGAAACUUUGUUGGAUUUCUGUUGAAGAACUUUCAGCCUCAAAUGGCUGAAUUUUGUAGGACUUGAGAGGAAAAGGUCUAGAUACUGUCUGAUCUGUUUGUGGUUGUAUUAAAAAUUCUAGAAUUAAA